UCGUGACAAGUAGGUGAGCCCUGCUCGCAUCCCGCCAGUACUGUCAAGUUGGCGUUUCUAUAGGCAGCCGCUUCAGGGCCUUGUGAAAAUGUCCGAGUCCCCAGGACACGUCCAGGGAUCGCUAGCUGCCGUGUACGAGUCUCUCCAGACGUCAGUCCUACAGCUGUUCACGGACCCAACCCAACUGUCCCCGGGCCAGGCUGUGCUGGUCGCCGCCUCUGCGCUGUUUGUCGGGGCGGUGGUGUGGACCUGCUGCGGCGGGCAGAGGCGGACAAAAGUCAAGCUACGGGCAGAGUUUACACCAGGAAAAGUGUACUACCACGCACCACCACCUGUGAAGGCCAUCCCAUGUCUGACUCCGUUUGGUAUGAAGCUGGAGACAUAUCUGCGUAUGGCUGAUAUUCCAUACGAGCCCAUGUAUGGGAGGAGUAUGGGCCCAAAGGGGAAAAUCCCAUGGAUAGAGUACAACGGGGAAGCCAUGGGAGACUCUGGUUUCAUCAUGGAGUUCCUGAACAGGGAGAAAGGUGUGGACCUGAACCAGACCCUGAGUGAUGCAGACAAGGCUGUCGGCAGGGCCUUCACUAAGAUGGUGGAGGAGAACACAUACUGGUAUGAGGGCUACCAAUUGCAAUAUUGUAAACUGCACGUAGGUACACAUAUACAUGUAGGUUAAGGACUUAAAGACAGG